AUGGAUUUUUUUUCUCUGUUUCAGAAGGAAGAUGUCAUUAAUGGGGAAAGGGACGAAAGACUGUCUCUUCGGAAGUAUCGCUUCAUGCAUUUUGCAUCAUUGGAAUAUGAAGGAGAAUAUUACAUGACACCAAGAGAUUUCUUGUUCUCAGUAAUGUUUGAUCAAGUUGAACGUAAAGCCUCAGCCAAGAAACUGACAAAAAAGGAGGUAGAUGCUGCACUGCUGUGUGUUGCCAAAGCUAAACCAGGACCGAUGUUUUUUAGAGAGCUUGGUGAUAAAGGGUUGAUAUCUUAUGCAGAGUACCUAUUUUUGCUGACAAUCCUUACGAAACCCCAGACUGGGUUUCAGAUUGCCUUUAAAAUGUUGGAUACAGAUGGCAAUGAACAAGUUGAAAAGAAAGAAUUCUUUAAGCUGCAGAGAAUCAUUGGGAAGGAAGAUGAUUUGAAAACAGCUGGAGACGAAACAGUAUUUCGG